CGAUGUCGUCGUUUGUGAGUCCGUUUGCCGGCGAACCAUCGCCGGAUUGGUGCCAGGAGUAGAGAGGGACGCGCAGCACCGGAUAGUACAAGAGCUAACGGGGAGAUAUGCGUCCCGAGGGCGCGGUCCCAGGUGCUUGGCGACGGGGAGGACGCGGCGCUCGAGACUCGAUUUUGCAGAGUCGAUUCCCGCGGCUGCGACGCCGGCGGUGAGAAGGUGACGCCGGAGCGACCGAGCACACCGUGGGAACAUGGGCGCCAAUCAGUCGGCCAGGAGUUUGCCCACCCCAGAUGAGGAAGUGAACUUUGACCACUUUCAGAUUUUGCGGGCCAUCGGCAAGGGCAGCUUUGGCAAGGUGUGCAUAGUGCAGAAGAGGGACCGAGUGGGCAACAUGUACGCGAUGAAGUACGUGCGAAAGGGCGAGUGCGCCGAGAGGGGCGCGCUCAAGAACGUGGCCCGCGAGGUCGAGAUACUCUCCAGGCUCGAGCACCCCUGCCUCGUCAACCUCUGGUUCAGCUUUCAAGACGAGGAGGAUCUGUUCAUGGUGUCGGAUCUGCUGCUGGGCGGUGAUCUACGGUACCACCUGCAACAGGACGUGCAAUUCAGCGAGGAGAGCGUCAUACUGUACAUCGCGGAAAUCGCCCUGGCGCUGGAUUACCUUAAAAAAAACCGGAUCGUCCAUCGAGACAUCAAACCGGACAACAUACUCUUGGACGAGGAGGGCCACGCCCACGUGACAGACUUCAACAUCGCGGUGACGCUGGAGGACGAGCAAGUGGCCACUUCGAUGUCCGGCACCAAGCCGUACAUGGCCCCCGAGAUCUACAAGUGCUCGUACGAGGAGCACGGCGCGUCCUUGGGCUACGGUUUCGCGGUCGACUGGUGGAGCUUGGGCGUCCUGGCGUGGGAGGCGCUGUCCGGGAGCCGGCCCUUCCCGAUCCACGCGUCAACGUCGCACCGCGAUGCCCUGGGCUACCUGGGCAAGUUGCCCGAGACACCGGCCCGCUGGAGCCGGGGCGUCCGGGAGAUCGUCGAGCGGCUGCUCGCCUUCGAGCCGCUGGAACGUUGCUCGAGCCUCAAGGAGCUCAAGCUCCUCGGGCCCAUGGCCAGGCUUGACUUUGACGCGGUGCUCAACAAGAGGAUCAGGCCCGCGUUCACGCCGCCCAAGGACCACCUCAACUGCGACCCCACCUUCGAGCUCGAGGAGAUGAUCGUUGAGACCAAGCCGCUGCACAAGAAGAAGAAACGUCUCGCCAAACAGAGAUCACUGAAAGCCGAGUCCUUGGCGGAGGACCCGACGCAGCCCAGCGAGCAGACCCAGGGUGCCGGCGUCGGAAGUGGUGGCGGUGGUUGCCUGGACAUGCAACGCCGGCUGGCCUACAUACCGGAGUAUCGCAUCUACAACAGGGAGCGCGAACUCGAGAGACUCGAGCGCGAGCGCAAGGAGAAACUGUGGGAGGAGGAGCUCAACACUGCCAUGACGCGGGCCGAGCUGGGAAUCAUCGCCCGCCAGCAGAUGGCCGAGGCGAGAUCGAGGUUGAGAGCCCAGCCGUCCAUCCAAGAGGAGGAGGCCCCCAAAGUCCACCCCGAGUCCCAAGAGCUGCAGCUCCAGCCUCGUCUGUUGGACGCAAACGCCUCGUCCUCGCCGAUGAACUCGAGCAAUCGACUGAGCGUCUCGACGGCGAGCGUCCGGGCUCGGAUCAGCGGCUCGCCUCAGGGCUCGCGGCGCAGCGUGGAAUCGGCACCUGUUGCCGACAAAAAAUCGGAGCCCAUGGAUUUCGCGGUCCAAGUCAGCCCCGAGGCCUCGGACUCUUAGGGCAGGUGGGACGCCGGGCGUCCGCGCUGCUGCUACUGCCCCUGUUUGGCUCUGUGUCGUGCCCCGGAGACGACGCGCGACACCGGUGGAAAGAGAUAACGAGCGCCCGAAUCGGUCCGGCGCAUUGGAGCGGUCAAUCGCAAGGUUUUUCUUUUUUCGCAGCUGGUCCAUUUUGGGACACGGGUGUCUCGUUGAACUUUCUUUUCGACAGUCCCAAGGACAUUGUGUACUCUUUCACUGCGAAUGUGUUGCUUUGAUUAUUUUUCGGUUAUCGGUAAUAUUACCAUGGGUCCUUGCCUUUCGACGGUAAGACAAAAAUCAAAAAUACAUCUGUACUUGCGUGUAAAUAGAUUUGUAAGUAUAGCUAUUUCUAUUGGUAAGAGAGAGAGAGAGAGAGAAAAAUUAUUUACUGCCUGAAUAGUCUAUGUACAUUGAGGAACAAGUUUUCUAAACAUUCACUGUAAAUACGAUGUUAGGUGAAAUUCAUAAAUUAUAUUCUUAUACUUUGGGGUAAUUUCUAUAUGGGAUACACGCAGUUCCGAAAAAUUGAGACUUCGAAGAAAUUUCGAUGAUUCAAAGCGAUUUUUAUAGAUAGACUUCAGCUUAUUUCUGCAAACUAUAAUGUUGUGUUUCAAUGGAAAAAAGUUUAUUGACCGAUAAAUAUUAAUAGCCACGGACACUUCAAAAUAGUCUAAUGCUUUCAUGAAAAUCAAACCAUAGUUUAAUAAACAUUGAGUAAAGUUUUAAUAAAAAUCUAAAAAUGCCGAUGUGCGAUUUAAAUGCAACUAUUCUAUGAAUGUUUUGGGAAUGUAAUUUUUUAUUUUAUACUUUCUAAAAAAUAAUGUGCUGUUGUUGAAUAAUAUUUCCAA